UAUUAGUAUACGGAAAUUACGGGACAAGAUUCGUUCAGGUUGUCCCCUGUAAGGAUGACAAAGCUUUUCUGUGCUGUGCAUGGAUAUGUCCACUGAGGUAUCAGCAUGGCAAAGAGAGUAAUGGUGGCAUAUGCCCUGUGGGCAGUAGGUGGGCCACUAGGCCUUCAUCAUUUAUAUUUAGGAAGAGACAGCCAUGCCCUGUUGUGGAUGGUGACUCUAGGAGGGUUUGGAGUUGGCUGGGCGAGAGAGGUCUUCCGUAUCCCUUCGUAUGUUGGCGAGGCCAAUCGAGAGGCAGAUGGAGCCAGGAGAGGAUCCACCAUGCCUCCCUUUGUGAGCCCUGUUAGAUUUGUUGGACAGGUUUGUGUGGGGAUUUACUUUGGCACUGUGGCUCUGAUAGGACUGAGCUCUCUCAGUUUCUUCUACCUAAUUGUCCUGCCAUUGUCUGUGGGUGCUGGGGUGCAUCUUGUGUCCAGCGUUGGCCAGCAGACGUCAGAUCUUCACAAGACGAUGGCUGCCUGUCUCAUGACCUCCCCGAUAUUCUAUGGCAGCAGCCUAUCACCUCUGCCCAUCAGCCUGGCUGCCAGUAUCACUGCUGCACAGCACCGCAAGUUCAAACCCUCGCCAUCUCCGGGAAGCACACAGGAACUAGGUCCUCGACUUUAUAGGCUUGGUCUGGCUUGGCUUGCCUUUUCUGCUCCACUGGGCUACUGUGUUUUCCAUAAUACUACAGCCACUCUUUACUAUCUAUCUGACUGUGUGUCAGCACUGUUGGACAUUUUCUGGUUCCUGCCCUGGCUCAGAGGUGUGCUGGAGUACAUCCUAUUAAUUCCUUACCGGAUCCUGUGUGCCUUGACCGGAGGGGGGUACACUGAAGAGGUCUGGAGGAGAGUGCUGGAAAUCCUGCUCAAAGAAUACACCAAGAGAGAAAAAGAGGCAUUACAGGUGUUGACCUUGAAUGAAGAGGCCUCGAUUGAAGAGAUCACUCGGAGUUACAGGGAACUGGCCAAAAAGUGGCACCCAGAUCACAACCCCAGCAAAGAGGCUGAGAUGAUGUUCAUAAAGAUCCAUGAGGCUUAUGAAGUCCUUCUCAAUCGUCAUAAACCCAAUCGAUCUAAGUAGUUUUCUUCAAUGUAACUUGAUAGAUUGAUUGAACCCAUCACCAAAUGGCCUUUUGGGUAAAGGUUGGCAAGGCUAUGACUCAUGGCAGUUUUCCUUUUAGUCAGGAUUUAUUGACAGCUUUUGAGGUAAUAUAAACGGAUAGACUGUAAAGAAAACAUUAUUGUUUCACCUUAGAAUUGUUUAUAUUUUUUGCUGUAAUGAAGAUAAACAAUUUUAUACAAUAUUUGAUUGGUUAGCGCAUGGGUCGAUACUUGCUCCAAUAGGAUAAAAACUGCAAUAGACUGCCAUCUUGUGGCAAUACACAGGUAGGAUUCCCCCCCCAAAAAACCAACCCUCCAGAACAGCCCUUAUUGGGGUGUCUCCUCGAUAUUAAACACCAGCGAGGAACCACUGCAACACACAUAUCUUUUGAACA